AUGAAUCCUGAAAUUUCCGAUUCUAAUAUAUCCCUAAACUGCGUUCACGCUUCGGAUGACGAAAGAAAGUCAAUAAAAAAGACUGUUUCGAAAAGUAACAGACAUUCUGAUACUAACAAGGAUGUAGAUGGAUUUAGUAAUCCUUUUGCAUCGGAAGUUUGUAUCGAUAUAAAAGCUCCAAGACUCUGUAUUGGUAAUUGGAACGGAGACUGUACUGAAGACAAUCAUGUUAAUGCAAGAAAAUUAAUUUUAAAUAUGGUAAGUGAGGCAAUUGCUUGUAGUAGCAACCAAAUUCCUGAAUCCUUCAGAUUUCCUACUAUUAGCACUAAGAAAUCGGAAGAUAAUGACCAAAGCAUUAGCAGUGAUGAAUCAGAAACAUCAACCUCUACAAUUCAAUGUGUGGACAAUGGAUCCGAGACAUCCGAAACUGAAAAAGACGACAACGAAUCAACGAAUUUCAAUUCUAAUGAUCAAAAGGCAGCAUCAGGUGAUAAUAUUUCAGAUCUUUAUCCAAAUCCUUUCAGAAUUCUAGAGUUCAGUGAUUCAGAUUCUCGUGAUUCAACUCUUAAUUUUUCUGACAAUGGUAAGGUAUCUUCUCAUUCCAAUUCGAAAUUUUCUGACAGCGACAUGGAGUCUUCUCAUUCCGAUUUGAAAUUUUCUGACAGUGACAUGGAAUCUUCUCAUUCCGAUUUGAAAUUUUCUGACAGUGACAUGGAAUCUUCUCAUUCCGAUUUGAAAUUUUCUGACAGCGGCAAGAAAUCUUCUCAUUCCGAUUUGAAAUUUUCUGACAGCGACAUGGAAUCUUCUCAUUCGGAUUUGAAAUUUUCUGACAGCGGUAAGAGACCUUCUCAUUCCAAAUUGAAAUUUUUAUACAAGGCUCAAGAAUUUUACUAUGCAAAUACAUCAAACCCCUUAGAACGGGAAAUGUAUGCUCUUUUCCGUGAGUUCCUAGAUUUAAGACGAGUAAAUAAAGACGAGAGUCCAGUCAUUAAUCACAAAGCAGCCGCUACUGCAGAACAGUACUCUGGCAUAGAUCCAAAUUUCAACAAUAACCUAGAAGAGUCCGUCAGUUCUGAUGAAUCAGACGAUACCGAACCAGAUGUUAUCUCUCCUAAUGAACGAAUACAAGAUUCGGGAAAGGAACUUCGAUACAACAUGCGGAAGUUAUCACAGUAUAAUGAAUUUGAAGUUACUAUUGACUACAAUCCUGCAUCAAUAGAGCACGAAGAAGCAUCCGUAAAUUCUAAUCAAACAAUGAAUGUCGAUUCGGAAGCAAUACUUGAUGUUUUCAAGACAGUUGUUAAAUGCUAUCCAAUAAAGAAAUUCGAAAUUCCUCCUUAUGAAUAUGCUAUUACAGAAAGCGCGCUGAGUGCAACAGGGGGAAAGCAGAGGGAUUCUGACGCAAAUUGUGUAAUAAACGAACUUCAUUUACCUGAUAGUAAAAACCAUCGCAAAACCUUAGAAGGUUGUUGCUCCAAUAUAGACAGUCAUACGGAAGACCCUACUGUCUGA